GGGAAAAAAGCGGAGCGAUCAGCGGACACAGGCGGACUCCCUCAGCCGUUUUCACUUCGUGUAUCGCGGCUUCUUCCCAAAUGGCAACGACGGCGGAGGACCAGCUGGAACCGGCGGACGACGCUCCGCAGUUGUCGACGCAACCCGACUGCCAUCACCACAGUAACAGCAACAGCAACAAUAACAACAAUAAUAACAACAAAGACAGCGAGGCGGGAGAGAGCGCGACCUCCACCACCACCACCACCAUCAGCAGCGACACCACGGAGCCCGGGACGGCGUCACAGAGCAUCGGCAACGGCUCAGUCAUCAACCCGAGCAGCGGGAGCAACGGGAAGUGGGUCCGGCUGAACGUCGGCGGCACCGUGUUCCUCACGACGCGACAGACUCUGCUCAAAGAACAAACUUCGUUCCUGUACCGGCUGUGCCAGCAGCAGGACCUGCACUCAGACACCGAUGAAACGGGCGCCUAUGUGAUUGACAGAGACCCCACCUACUUCGGCCCCAUCCUCAACUACUUGCGGCAUGGAAAACUGGUCUACAACAAGGAGCUGGCGGAAGAAGGCGUGCUGGAGGAGGCGGAGUUUUACAACAUUACGCCGCUCAUCAAACUGAUCAAGGAGAGGAUCGUGGAGAGAGACUCCAAGGCCACGCAGGUGCCGCCCAAACAUGUCUACCGGGUGUUGCAGUGCCAGGAGGAGGAGCUGACCCAGAUGGUCUCCACGAUGUCAGACGGCUGGAAGUUUGAGCAGAUGGUCAACAUCGGCUCGUCCUACAGCUACGGGACGGAGGACCAGGCUGAGUUUCUGUGCGUCGUCUCCAAGGAGCUCCACACGCCCGGGUCUGGGCUAGUUCAAGAGCAGAGUCACAAAACAAAGCCGGCGGAGAUGCAGGAGGAGGAAGCAGCAGAGGAGGAGGAGGAGGAGGAGGAGGGAGGGAGAGAUACCGCACCAAAUGAGUGGCUUAGAGAAUGAGGGAGUCAUGUUUCUUUGUUCCACAGAGAGGUGGGAAUGGCUUUUCCAGCUCCAUGGCUCAAGGAUGUAAAGGAGGUUUAAGUCCACGUUAUAUGCGUCCAUAUACGGUUAUAUAUCAUUUUGUUUAUGUGUAGCGUCAAGGGACCGCAGAAAAAAAAACAUACCACAAGCUUAGUAACUGAUAACCAAAGAUCCAGAGGAUAAAAGCUGGUGCUUAACUACACAGUGAAAGACAAUAUAAGAUCUGCCUGAAGGAAAAUCGACACGGUAUUGAUUACAUAGAGAGACGCUGCAGCUGCUUUCUGCUGCUGCUGCUGCUUUCUGCUGCUGCUGCUGCUUUCUGCUGCUGCUGCGUCACUGUGACGAGGCAGAAACUGAAGACGGUGCCCGAAGAAUCUGUGCUUUUUUCCAUUAUGGAUCAUUAUAUUUCCUAAUGUAAACACAGCCCGGCACAGCGGCAUCAAAAUUAAUCCAAUAUCCCAGACUCGACGCUCGUUAAAUAAGCCAGUGAUGGAUGCACUUGUUCCGCAGACUUUGUACUUAAGGACGUUAUUUUUAUUCCUGUAGCUUCUCGUUAUGUUUUUUUUGUAGAGACCAAAGUCUUAAUUCUGCCUUUUUGUUUUAUUGGAUAUGAGGUUGGUCAUUUAGUCUGAACAUGCUUUAAUCUCACGUGGUUUCGACUGGCUUUAAAGGUGAUAUAUGUGAACUAUGUACAGCAGGUUUUACGACGACCCUCGUUUUUUUCCAAGGCUUUUUUAGGUUUAUUGUUCAGUAUUUCCAACAUUUAGCAACUUAGCUGCUCAAAACCAAAACAUAAACACAGUUCACCGCCUGCAAAUGAAAAUGUAUUUAUUUUGCCAUCAGUGAAGCCAGUAUUUCAGUUAAACACGUUUCCCUGCUCUCUCGUGACACACCGUGGUCAUUUCUAUGUCUUAAUAAUCAUACAUUUCUCACAUAUAUCACCUUUAAAAUUGACCGAGACUGUGAGGAGUCCACACAAUUCGUCAUUUAACGACCUCUGCUGGCAAACUACAGGAACUACACAUGAAUGGCUCCCCUGCCAACCUCUGUGGAACUGCCCCAACUCCAUAGUGUGUAAUUGCAUGCAAUGAAAUUAGCUCAAAGAAUUAAUUCUUAGUGUCCAAUAGGUAAAUACUGCUCGGGAUGUAGAAAUCAUUUCAUAUAAUAUGAAUUGUUUAUAGAGCAAAGAAAAUUGCACUCUGUGAUGUUCCUGGACUACACGGGACAGAGACAAAUAUGUGGGACACGUGUGUCCAACAGCGAUGUCGCUCCAACGAUAUUACAUGUAAAAAAAUAACAACAAACAGGAUACACACAAAUGAUGCAAUAAGCAGUUUUAGUCACAGUUAGACAAUCGAUCAGCAAACAUCCUUUUCAUGACGGAAUCUAAAAAAAACCAACCUAUGUCGCAGAAUACAAUAUGGCGUGUGUGUGUCUGUGUGCGUUUACGAUAAAGUGUCGUGUCUAUUUGUCGUGUUAAAGGUCCAGUGUGUAACAUUAUAGUAUGUUUAUGUAACUGUGUAAUGUCUUUACACGUGGGAUCGCGGGAUUUGUAGUAGUCGUCCAAUAGUGACAAAUACACACAGUAAAAUACCAAAAAAAGCAAAAGAUAACAUGUUAGGGCCAAAAAUUAAGUUUAAAAGAAUAGUAUAUUGUUCCUUUUAAAGAUAAACAGCAUUCACAGCAUUAUUAAUUACUAAUUAUGAUUUUACGGUAAGUUAUGUGAGGUUAAUCCCAUCUAUUUAGCCUCCUCUUCUGCUGUAGUCAGAUGGAGCUAACAGCUAAGCUAACAGGUGACUCAGCAGAUUAUUUUAGACCAGGUAACACUUUACUUUUCGGAUGCUUUCGUCCGUUCAGGAAGAUGGUUACGAUUUCCUGCUUCCUCCCAUAUUUCACGGCAAAACGUGAGGUGAAGAAGUUUUUCUGAGCACAAACUAAACUUCACGUCUUGUUUUUCCCGAUGUGUUUAAAAGUGGAUCCAACGUCAAGCUUUGCUCACGGCACCCUCUGCUGGAACACAGGGUAAUUACACCAAAAACAGUCCGAGGUGCUUCUAGCCCUCAAACCCACUGGUUAACUAGUACAGUAAAUACACCUAAUAUUUCCUCACUCUUAUUACAAGUUUGAUUCCUGUGUGGAACGUCCGCUCUCUCUCUCUCUGACCAAUCAGUGGCCGGCAGUCUGUCGAUGACGUCACAUUUUAGUAUUGACUCUAAAACAACAAAAAAAGUACCAAACACUAUCCUGUACAGAGCCGAGCCGAGCCGUGCUACACACUGGACCUUUAAACUAGAAACACAUAAUAUGCACCUUUUAAGAUCCUCGCAAUAUCUUCUUAGCAGGAUUACGAAACUACGGUAAAUGUUAAAAAAACAAAAUAGUGGAAGCUACACAUAGUCAUUGUGCUUAUGAUAAUCAUUACAUGAUGUUAUUUGGGGGGAAAAGACUGAAAGAGACGUUUGUGAUUGUGUUUAUGUUCAUCGUUUCCGUUUCUCUGAUCAUUCGGUGCCUUGCGUUCAAGCAAAAAAUCGACGCGUCCGAAGAUCCGCGCGUCGCAAUGAUCACAGGUGUCGAGUUAGUUUUGAGUUGUCGCCGUCAGGUCAACGUUUAAAACGUGUAACGUUUGUUCUUCCA